AUGCUCACGGGAAGUUUUGAAGCGGCUAAAGUGAAGGAAACCAUCACCGAGCCUCCAACCUCUGCUUUUCUGCAGAUGGCCGUUAAGGCCCUCGUCCAGCAAGCGAAAGAGGAGCUUCGAAAGACGGCUGGGGAAGCCGACGCCGCGCUUUUGGCCACGUUCGGCUUUCUGGCGGCCUCCGUGGGCUUGGAAGCUGCUGUGGCAAAGGAGGCGCUGGUGAAGGCGUCACAGGGGCAGGGGCGUGGCGCUGUGGAGGCGGCGGUCUACCAGGCCAGCAUGACCGGUCUCAUUCCCUUCGAGCUGUGCCACCAGCUCUUUCGACUGGAGCGGGACAUCCUCUUCCGACCCAGCAGCUGCCUCCCAAGGCUGGAACUGGCAGUGCGCCUCUUCCAUGCUGCUGGCAAGGCCAAGGAGUCCGGAGCCCGGCAAAAGGCCGGGCUGCUUUUGAGGCAGCUGGCCUUCGACUGCCCGGGUGUCGCCGAGGAGCUGACUGGGAUGGGCGCAUCCUGGCUGCGGCACCCAAAUGCAGCUGCUGGGCAGACAGGCCUCUCCGGGGACCUCUUUGCCGUGUCGGCGAUACGCUUGGGCACGCGGGCAGCGAACUAUGCAGUCUGGUCUGCUGCCAACUCCUCCACGCGCGCGGCGAUGGGACGGAGCCAGCAUACAGAGGUGCUGCAUGCGGCAGAGGUGGCCAAGAAAUUGUCCCCCCGCCAGUGCAAGAAGAAGGCCUUCAAGCGGCCUCCGCUGCUGACCCCGAUGAAAAGCGACCCCAUGGGCUGCCCAGAGGUGGCCCCCGGCGACUUUGCCACAAGGUGCCUGCGCAGCCACGAGGACGCGCGUCCAUGUGUCUUGCGCGGGGCUGCAGCGGACCUGCUCCGCCGUGACUUCCCCCUUGAGAGGCCUCUGGCGCGCUGGUUGGAGGCGGGGGGGAACCAGACCGUCAAGGUCUCCUUCCCCUACGAGGGCGUGGCGGGCGUGGCCUCGCUGAAUCGGAUCGAGGCCACCAGCCGUGCCUCGCAGCGAGAGGGGGCCAACGCAAGUAGCGAGGGCGCCCCUCCCUGGACGCUGUUGCGGCCAGGCAACUGGCACAUGCGCCUCGCGGAUGCGGUGGCCUUUGCCGAGCGGCAUCCAUCGCAGGCGAUCUACAUGAACCAGGUGAUGCUGCAAGACCUUGGGGCGAAGGCGCUGCGGAACCUUCGCUUGCCUUCCUGGGCAAAGUCGCUGAAGCUGGUGCAGCCUUCUCUGUGGCUCACUGCAGAUGUGGCCUUGACGGGCUUCCACGUGGAUGGCCCGGAGAACCUGCUGGUGCAGCUCGCUGGAAGCAAGGAGCUUGCCUUGCUCCGGCCCAGCGAGAGAUCCAAGCUGGCAUACGAGGAAAUGAUCGAUGCAGAGCCAAAGACUACGCUCUCAUCGGAUGGUCUCGCCAGCAUAGGCAGCUACGACUUCCAGCGCCGGAGUUCAGGCCAUUCCGCCAUCGACGUGGGUGCCGAGCCGGAGGAUGUGCCGCGUGAGCUUCUCGAGAGCUACAGUCAGGCCGAAGGCACUCUUUGCAAGAUUGAGCCCGGCGACGUCCUGUACAUUCCAGCACAGUGGCAUCAUGCAGUGCUGACAGAGGACACCCCUGCCGGAUCCGAGCUGUCAGAGCCGCCAGCCGCCCCCGAGGAGCUGGAGCCCGCCUCAGAGCCGGCCACCGCCAGACGCUCCUGGCCAGCCGAAGUGGCCCAGCGAGCCGCCCUGCUCGACUCGCCCAUGUCGCCACUCCAGGCUGCACAGUCCGCCAAGUGGGAGCAGACCGCUGGGCUGCUGCGGGAUGCGCUGCAUGCACAGGCUGCGGCCCAAGCGCAAGCACUCCAGGAGCAGCAAGAUUCCUACUUUGCCAGCCGGCGGCAGUUGCAGAGGGACAUGGAGGUCCAGCGGAUGGAGCAGACAAAGGCCUUGAAGGCGCAGCAAGACCUCCACCUCGCGAAGGUGAAGGAGCUCGAGAAUGCGCUGCAGGCGAAGGAGAACUUCAUCCGGCAGCUCCAGGGAAGUCACAGCGACUCAGCCCAGGCGAUGGAGAAGGCUCACCAGAAAGGCCUGCAGGACGGCAAUGUCUCGGCUCGAGAACAGAAGGCGUACUUCGAGAAGUUGCUGCAGGAGAAGGGCGAGACGCAGCGGACGAUGCAGGCCAGGGCUCUGCGUCAGAUCUUCAGGGGUCCCGCACAGGACCCGGCACUGAUCCUAGCCGUCCAGUUUUCAGCCUAUGCAGCGUCCACAAUGGGGUCUGGCAUGCAAACCACCCCAUGCCCAUGGUCGGAGGAAGUUGGUUGGGGCCUUGGGCUUAGAUUCGGGUACUUGCGCGCGGCCGCUCCGCCACGCAGCCAGUCCUCCAGCAACCGGAAGCAGCUUCGAUGCACCAUCGGCAUAGGCCCAACCACGCCUAGCCUCAGAAAGGCCCCGCGCCAGGUGCUCUUAGUGCUUUUCGGGGACUCCCGAGGCUCAGCCGCCUUCGCCAGAGGGGAAGGUGGCGGCACGGCACAGCUCAGGAUCGUCCCGCCUACGCCUGAUGCCCCCAAGCAGGCCAGGGCGGAGCACGGUGAGAGCGAGAUGGAGCCACCUGGAUUGGCACAUGAACGCUGGACGCACCUGUCCGUGGACUCGAAGUUCAGUCCCCAUCGAGACCAUGUGCUGCUCUUCGGACGCUUCACACCUCAGGACAAGGAGGAGUACUUCCGGGCCAUUCGGGAGGAGCUCCAAGUCAAGAACGUGAAAACCCAUGUGGUGGAUGCCCACAGUGAUUUUGGGCCAGAAGCUACACCCGAUCUUGUUUCCGCAAGGGCCUUGGUGGCUUUCUGCACCUCGCAAAUCGGAGACAUGGCCACGAGCACUUCUGAGACGUCUGCACUCACGUACGCCUACGAGCAUUCACAUGAGUUGGACCUCAUUCCGGUGCAGAUGUGCGAAGUGUGGCCACCCGUCCUAUCAGGUCAGGAAGGAGGAAAUCUGUGCGACUUCGCCUUCGGGCCCAGCUGUAUACGAGUCGAGGGCAGCUACCUCGAUGAAGAAGGCAGCCGACACGACCUGAAACCGCAGCAGGUGGCCGAAAACCUCUACCGGCACAUGCAAACCUUGGGGAUAUUGGAGGAGGUCUCCAUGAGUUCAAAAGAUCCUCGGAGCGCCAUCAGUAGGAAAAGCUGUCUUGUGCAGGGAUCACAGGUCUUGUGGGCUGCGCUGUUCAGGGAUUGCAGGGCAAGGUUUCACAGAGCGCACAGUUUGGUCUCUUCUUUGGUGGGAGGGCUGCUCCCGGCCCUAAUUAAUCUAAACACCACACAUCCCAUCAGCCCUAUUGACCUUAUAAACCCAGCCUAUGCCCUACGCCGUAAACCCUAA